AAAUAGUGGGUGAAUACGAGGAUAGGAUACCGUGUGAUCCUACUACAACAACAGAGUUCAGCCAAUACAGAAGACAUGAAGCUCCUAGGUUUACUCGUAGUUCUUGGCGUGGGCUCGUGGGCAGCGGGCGAUGACUCGGAACCAAGAAAAGGUGAUUGCCAAAAUCAUUUGAUAAGUACAAUUAAUUAACUCUGUCUAUUAAUCUCUCUCUCUCUCUCUCUCUCUCUAUAUAUAUAUAUAUAUAUAUAUAUAUAUAUAUACAUUUUUUUUUAUUUAUAUAUAUGUGUGUGUGUUUGUGUGUGAGGCGAUGACUCGGAACCAAGAAAAGGUGAUUGCCAAAAUCAUUUGAUAAGUACAAUUAAUUAUCUCUGUCUAUUAAUCUCUCUCUCUCUCUCUCUCUCUCUAUAUAUAUAUAUAUAUAUAUAUAUAUAUAUAUACAUUUUUUUUUAUUUAUAUAUAUGUGUGUGUGUUUGUGUGUGGUUGUGUGUGUUAUGUUUGUAUUUUAGAGGUAUGUCAUACCUUAGGCAAGAAUCCAUUCACUAACUCCUCCCAACAUAGGUCUAUUGUUAUUUCAAUGAGUGACAAAAUAUUAGGUUGGGAAAGUUUAAUAGCAAAGGCAGAGUAAACUGAAAACAAAAAGAAACAAAAAAAAAAAAGUCAGUUUGGCGUUCAGCAGAAGUUUGUCACAAACGGAUCCAACUGGUGUUGGGUUUUGUUUGAUAAUUUAAUUAGAUUGUCGUUCUUGUAUCAUCUUUUUCACACAUUACAGACAACGGUUGUGUUUAACUUGACCGUUUAUCGCUAUGGAGUCAAUGUUCUCUUGUGGGAAAUCUCGCCGAAUCUGUUAUUCAAGAAUAGGCCUCGUAUGCCAUUUGAUUGAGUUUCAAUAGCUACUGUUUCGUCUUGCGGAGACGGAGGCAUAUAAAGAGAGAGAGAGAGAGAGAGAGAGAGAGGGGGGGAGAGAGAGAGGGAGAGAGAGAGAGAAAGAGAGAGAGAGAGUGAGAGGGUAAGCUUUACUUUUUAUAACAUGACAACUGUCUAGUAUAGAAUUAAGAGUAUUACGUGACAACGAAUUAUCAUAACCCUGGAAGAUGGUAAGAUAUAAUAAAAAAUAUUCAAACAUUAACAUUACCUUUAUUAUGUAUACUUUUAAAGUCAACAUUACAAUUUCUUGCGAGUCAGGUAGGUGGCGCUUAGGGCGAUUUUCAGCUUAAAAGCAGACGCUAUACCUAAUCUGAAUUGUCUUAAAAACAACUCUUCAAAAAGUUUCUGGAUUCCCGUGAUUCUCUUUGAAAACGUAUCCAACCUGAUUUCUUCUGGUACCUGCUUCAAAACCAAAUGCUACAAUAUCUAACGGGUGGUGUACUUCUUUACUUCCAGAACCGUCACAACGGCUGCUGACCUUCUUAUCCCUGUUUAAUGGAUACUUCAGCAGUGCUAAAGAGGUGAAGGCUGAAAAGGCCGAGUUGGGUUAUCCUGUGCACGAUGUCAUCAACGCGACCUUCAGAAACGUGUUUGUUCCGGCACUCCCCAAUGUAAGGUUUUUUAAGUGAUUCACAGCAGCUACACGCACGUCCGGCAGUGAGAUUGCACCCCAAAAAAAAAACUAGAUCAGAUUGGUUUUAUAGUUCACACUGGUGGUGCGCAUUCUAGUUUUUAAGAUAUAGACAUCGCUGAAACCGUAUUUUACUGAAUGUGACUUUAACAGUUAUAUAGGACUUAUCCUUCUUUUCCCCAUCGAAUAACCCAGCGACCAAGCUCUUUAACCACCUAGGUCCCACAAAGCUACGCUCCUCACUCCUACGCUCAGAGCCGUGCAGAACAAUGUUUAACCCCUGGGGAAAUAACAAUAAUAAGGAGUCUUAUAUAGCGUGGUACCCCAGCCUAGGCUGUGCUCACCGCGCUGUACAUAAAAAUAUUAUCAAAAGAGACAUAAUCAUGACAUUAAAAUAAAAAACAUUUAUGAAAUAAAGAACAGCAAAAAAAAUGUCUAUUGACCCACCCCACCACAUAACUUUUACAAGGCAAACCAUGGACGGCAGCCAACAAGAUCGUUUGUCGGUCAGAGGAGGGGAUUCAGUCAGGUAGUAUAAUUGAAAGAGAUGUGUUUUGAGUUCAUUUUUGAAGGCCUGGGUGGUUGGUAUAUUGCGUAUGUGUAGUGGAAAAUCCAAGUUUGGGCCCCAUGUGAUUUUUUUUAAAAUAAUUAUAUCAAACGUGUCAACUUCCGCCUUUGAGGGCCCCAAACGGGCAGGGCCCCCCCCCCCGAUUGAUUAACUCGGUUGCUUCACGGCUACGCCUCCCAACAAACUCUCUCCCAGCCUCACUAUCGCAGAUCUCAAUGUACUUCCAUAUGUUCCACAACUUUGUAUACACUUUUUAUUAGAUUACUUUGUCCUUUUGUUUGCUUGCUUGUGGUGAAAUUUUGCAUCUCAAUUUUGACCCACUUCCUGGCCUCCGAUAAAUAUGAAACUUUGUACACCCACCCAUCACCUCCGAUAAUAAUAAAAACUUUCAUGACCAGCUGGUCAUCAUUGACCCCCACUGACCCUUGAGUGACCGUCUGCGGAUAUCUCAGGAGCGGAAAGUGAUUGAGACGUGAGGUUUUCAUUAAAACGUUCCCUUAUGCAUGGUUACUCGUUCCCGGAAAGAAUCACCUAAUACUAAAAUGUAUAAAUUAAAUCUCCCCCGAAACUUCAGAGUUGUUACAGUCAUAUGACUCAAAUAAAGCGUGGGGGAAGGAAGUGACGCACUCACUCAUGCUCAGUUCGCACCAUAAAAUCUUCGUCAAAAUUUCGUCUUUUUGAACACACAGUGCUUUCCAUUUUGAACAAAUGACGAAAAUUUGAUCGUGUGAACUGAGCGAAUUGUACAGAGCAACCUAAGAAAAAGUAAUCCGCGGUCAUUGAAGUUUUUUUUUUGUUUGUUUGUUUUUUGUUGUUGUUUUUUUUGUUGUUUUUUUUUUGGGGGGGGGGGCUUUUUAUUUUAAUUUUGUUUUUUGCAUUUUUUUUUAUGUGUUUUUUUUUUUUUUUUUUUUUUUUUGUUGUUUUUUUUUUUUUUGUUUUUUUUUUGGGGGGGGGGGCAUUUUAUUUUAAUACUGUUUAUUGCAUUUUUUUUUAAGCGUAUUUUUUUUUUAAACAAGGACAAGGGAGAACAUAAACAAUAUGCCCUUGUGUACAACAAAGAUGUGUGUGCGUGUGUCGUACGAUGUAAUUUCACGUGAUGUUAAAGUUUGUUUUUUUUUUGUUUUUUUUUUAAUUUAAAGAACUCCAAUAUUUCAGGAAAUCACAUUCUAUCUGGAAGAGGAAGACAACGGGGUGGUGUACAGGAUGCAGAUAUUGGUCAUAAGAGAAGACGAAUUGGGAAUCAUUCGCAUAGCGCCGUACAACUUUACGGACACGACCAAGUACAAGUAAGACACUUACACAUUGCAUGUGCAGAAGUGCAAGUAAGACACGUACACAUUACAUGUGCAGAAGUCCAAGUGAGACGCUUACACAUUACAUGUGCAGAAGUACAAGUGAGACGCUUACACAUUACAUGUGCAGAAGUACAAAUCAUAAAAUUAAACAUGACAUGUACAGAUGUACAAAUCAGAAACUUGCUCAUUACAUGUAUAGAAGUACAAAAAAGAAACUUGCUCAUAACAUGUACCAAAGUGCAAAUAAGACACUUACACAUUACGAGUACCAAAUUAAAAUGUUACAAAUUUAUUUUGGUGCGAACGAGGAGGCAACUCUAGCUCUAGUCUGUAAAUAUUGCCUGUUUUCAUAAAUUCGAUACGCUUAAUUUCCACUUAUUUAAACUCACAAAUACUACACACAAAAAAAACAAUAAACAAACAAACAAGCUCUAUUUUCACUUCAACAAACUUUGAGCUUUGGAUCAAUGUGCUUACUUAGGUCUCAAUUCUCUCUGGAGAAUCAAAAUUGGAGUGACAUUUUAAAUGAUAGACAGAUAUGAUGGUCAAGUUAAAUUAUUCAGUGGCAAGUAAUUAGUGGGAAACCUUAUAUGUGAGGUUUAUGGUCUGAGAUGAUACGUUCUUGUGAUAUGAAGAACAAGUUGUUGUUUUUUUAAAUAAUUAUAAAUAAUAAUAAAUUCAACAGUUUGUGAUCAGUCCUAUUGUGAUAGCAUGGCAUUUAAUUUUGCCUAUCCAGUAAGUAGCGCAUAUUCGUCUCCAUUUGUUGCUAUCCCAGAGAAAGUAUGAGGCUUCUAAUGUUCUCUUGGUGCGUCAUAACAACCAUGAUUUUGGAAGAUGCAGCCCAAGAUGGAGUUUGGGAGAGGCAGCCCAAGCUGGAAUUUUGGAGAGAGAACCCAAGAUGGAUUUUGGAGAGAGAACCCAAGAUGGAUUUUGGAGAGAGAACCCAAGAUGGAUUAUGGAGAGAGAACCCAAGAUGGAUUAUGGAGAGAGAACCCAAGAUGGAUUAUGGAGAGAGAACCCAAGCUGGAAUUUUGGAGAGAGAACCCAAGAUGGAUUUUGGAGAGAGAACCCAAGAUGGAUUAUGGAGAGAGAACCCAAGAUGUAUUAUGGAGAGAGAACCCAAGAUGGAUUAUGGAGAGAGAACCCAAGAUGGAUUUUGGAGAGAGAACCCAAGAUGGAUUUUGGAGAGAGAACCCAAGAUGGAUUUUGGAGAGAGAACCCAAGAUGGAUUAUGGAGAGAGAACCCAAGAUGGAUUAUGGAGAGAGAACCCAAGAUGGAUUAUGGAGAGAGAACCCAAGAUGGAUUAUGGAGAGAGAACCCAAGAUGGAUUAUGGAGAGAGAACCCAAGAUGGAUUAUGGAGAGAGAACCCAAGAUGGAUUAUGGAGAGAGAACCCAAGAUGGAUUAUGGAGAGAGAACCCAAGCUGGAAUUUUGGAGAGAGAACCCAAGAUGGAUUAUGGAGAGAGAACCCAAGAUGGAUUAUGGAGAGAGAACCCAAGAUGGAUUUUGGAGAGAGACAAACCAAGAUGGAAUUUGGAGAGACAAUCAAAGAUGGAUUUUAUGAGAGGCAACCCAAGAUGGAUUUUGGGUCGUAUACAUCUAAUGUGUGGGGUUUUUUAAGACAACAAGCUUUACGUUUCUUAACUCCUUGUCUUGUUGAAGAACGUGUUGAAAGUCUUCAGCAAGCCCCACCAGACACUUGUCAUCUGAUAUCUUUCUUGGGCGCAUCAUUUUGGAGCAGAAUCGACCUUACCCUGUAAACAGUUCAGCCCAGUGCCAGCUUGGGCGCAUCAUUUUGGACCAGAAUCGACCUUACCCUGUAAACAGUUCAGCUCAGUGCCAGCUUGGGCGCAUCAUUUUGGACCAGAAUCGACCUUACCCUGUAAACAGUUCAGCUCAGUGCCAGCUUGGGCGCAUCAUUUUGGAGCAGAAUCGACCUUACCCUGUAAACAGUUCAGCUCAGUGCCAGCUUGGGCGCAUCAUUUUGGACCAGUAUCGACCUUACCCUGUAAACAGUUCAGCCCAGUGCCAGCUUGGGCGCAUCAUUUUGGACCAGAAUCGACCUUACCCUGUAAACAGUUCAGCUCAGUGCCAGCUUGGGCGCAUCAUUUUGGACCAGAAUCGACCUUACCCUGUAAACAGUUCAGCUCAGAGCCAGCUUGGGCGCAUCAUUUUGGAGCAGAAUCGACCUUACCCUGUAAACAGUUCAGCCCAGUGCCAGACAGUGGGGAAACUGAACAUCGGAAGGUGUAGCUGUUUUGUCAGCCCUAGAAAACGCACACCGUCUCCUUAAUUGUAUUAUUAAAAUAUUACUGAUUUUUAGGCCUGGUCAGUUUGACGUCACCAAAGACCUUGAGAAUGUCCGCCUUGAAGAGCUGAGCCCCACACGACCUGACUGUGAGAUUGUCUUCAUGCAAACAGAUGUCAAUGUGUUUGUUGGAACGUUCCCAGAUUGUACUCGCUGGGUGGACGGGGUGAGUAUAUUUUGCCAAACUUUUUCAACAGCGAAUAAGAAAAACAAGAGAGUUUUCUUUUAAGUGGCAAAAAUUACUGUACUACGAUGGUUCAAUUAUUUAAUAUUGUCAAACUGCCUUAAACAACAGCCAUUUUUGUUUCCUUUUGUAAUUAAAUAACGUUGGAAAGAUUUGUUUUGAUUAAAGUAUAUUAAAUUUAAUUAGAAUUUUAACAGAAAUUUCGAUACCAGAUUUAUAUCGAUAGCGAUAUUUUGAGGAUACUCGGCACGCUAAUGUGGUAACAGUUAUUAUCAGAACGUCUUUAUUAAGAGCUUACUUAAAGAUUAUAUUCACUUGAAUAUUUUUUUUAAUGUACCAGAACCUGUUUAUUUAUUUAGACAAUGCUGCUUCUCUGUCUUAAACAUUUGAUGUUACUGUGCGUGCAUUGAGUCACAUUUACUGCGCGUGCAUUGAGUCACAUUUACUGCGCGUGCAUUGAGUCACAUUUACUGUGCGUGCAUUGAGUCACAUUUACUGCGCGUGCAUUGAGUCACAUUUACUGUGCGUGCAUUGAGUCACAUUUACUGUGCAUGUAUUCAUCUACACUUACUAUACGUGCAUUGAGUCACAUUUACUGUACGUGCAGUGAGUCACUUUUACUGUGCGUGCAUCAAUUCACAUUUACUGUGCGUGCAUUGAGUCACAUUUACCGUGCGUGCAUUAAGUCCCACGUCGAAGUCAUGGAUUCCGUAUGGUGUGUAUUUCACAAGUUUUCCCCGUCUCCAGGGACAUCCAAAGUACGCCUUCACGUUGUCCUGUAGAACUAUAACCGCCUUGGUUUACUGGGGGAAGUCCAGGGAGAAGGACAGCCUCCUGCCUUACGACCAUCGUAAAAUCGUCAGGUAAGCAAAACUAAUUCUGUUGUUUUUUUCUCUUUAUUUUUAAACACACAUUUACGUUUCUUUAAAUGGGUGACGCGGAUCUUGUUGGCAAAUUUUGUUCUGAGCGAUCCACGAGACUUUUUGCGUCAGGCUGACCAUCCAAUACAUGAACUCUGCGCUGGUUUUUGUUUUUUUAAAUCACAGGAACAAUCCGUUAUAAUUAUAUUGGGUUUUUCACAUUGCUGUUUAAUUAUUAGAAUAUUUUUAUAUGUAACAUUUGGACAGAAUUUUCAAAAUUCAACAAAUAUUUUAACGCAAAGCGGAAAAAACCCCAGCUCAAGCUCACCGAAGAGUGCACCCAAAAAAUUAAACCUUCAGGGGGAAAAGUUGACUAGUGACUGACCAUCAGACAAUUAUGUUGGGAAGACCAAUGACGUCAUUCAUGAUUAACCCUUCGAUCACCAAGUGCAUAGGGUGUGCUGAAUAAAACUGACACUGGCAAAAUAUGUCAGCGUUGAUAUUUCUUCCCCCGCUUGCUGAAUUCAAAACAUGCACAUUCAAAGAUGGAGGCUUUGGCUGACUUCAUUAAACAUUAAUCAUGAGACGAAAAUGAAAAUGCAGUUGAAAGUAUUGUGUACUUUUGACCGGGUUGUUUUGUUGGUUUUUUUCGUCUUUUAACUGAGACAAUGAAAGGGACACGGUGAGUGAUAUAAUUUGACUCUUUCCUAUCCAGUUAUCCACUUCUGCCAUACGUGGCUCCAGGAGCAGAGAACUUCAAGCCACCUUGUAACUGCUCAUAAAAAAGAGUCGGCACCUGAAUGGACCUUAGGCAUUUUACUGAACAAUUUGAGACGCCGACGUUCGACCAUUGAAGAUAAUAUAGGAAAAUGAGAACAAACAUUCAGGAAAUUACUGAAUGGACCUUAGGCAUUUUACUGAACAAUUUGAGACGCCGAAGUUCGACCAUUGAAGAUAAUAUAGGAAAAUGAGAACAAACAUUCAGGAAAUUACUCGUUUGUCAUAAAAGUGACGCGUUAUAAAAAUGAACAAUAAAA